AUGUUCCGCACGCCCAUUACCAGCUCUGAGUUAAGACAGGCAUCCAUUGUCGGUGACUGGGAGAUUCAAUCUCUCUCUCGCGCAGGAUGCCACGGUCAAGAGUAUCAAACGUUCGAUAAAUACCUUCUUACGCCUGAUUCCAGUCCUCUUGAUGGAAUCAUGGGACCAGAGAGUCGUGAACUUAUCACGUUCGCGCGAGACCAGGCUCUAGCCUCGUCAAGAACUCUCAAUGCGUUUCGAAUGCCAGCAGGCGACCACGCAUUCCUAUUCGACAUCCCAAUACCAAAUAAGAUCUUCGAAACAGUUACUGGUCCAAGACACCAAUACCACACAUAUUGUGUCCAGGCUGUGAUCGAACGACGCCUCAAGAGCGAUUUCGUGGUGUCACAGCCUAUUAGGAUUUACCAGGUUUCCGACUUGGAAACGACCUAUUUAAGACCUCAUUGUCCACUAACAAUCGAGGGUCACUCGGCUCAAGAUAUCCAGUAUUGCAUCUCAAUCCCUGACCGCAAUGUUCCCUUCGGGUCUACAUUUCCGGUGGAAUGCUGGUUUGCACCGUUAAUGAAAGACACGAAGCUCAGCAGUGUUACGAUCAAAGUUGUUGAGAAACAGACUGCACGGUUAGAAGCUACUGCUUCGGAAUCAGUGCGACAUAAUGUACGGUUUCUCACUACAGCGCACAGUGAAUCGGUUUUCCGCAAGGCGAUCGACUUCUCGCAGAGGGAUGAGUCGGUUGAUGAUUUUGCAGAACUUGAAUGGCGCUUUAGUACGCCUGUCAGUCUGCCAAAGAACUUCGAUGCCUGCUCGCAGAGUAUCGCAAGCAAAUAUAUCAAGAUCACCCAUGAGUUGAUCGUCACAGCUGAAUUCGGGAAUGAGGCAGGACAUGUAACAGCCAAGAUCACAGAAACCCUGCCUUUUAAGGUACACAUGACGCUGAAUCUACCUGGAGCUGAAGCGGCUGGUCGUAGGCCAAACCAUGAAUGCAUACAGGGCAACCAAAAUCCUCCUCCAGCUUACAACGAGCAUUUCUCAGACCUCGUUGUGUUGGCAUCUACUCAGCUGUCUCUAUGCGAACAUCCAAUGCUCGCAGAGAUUACCUCCGCACGGUCUUCUAGUGAACAAAGUGCCACUGACCAAAGUGUGGACCCUUCCCCCGAUACGAGGAAGCCAUAUCGU